AUGCCUGGCUCAACCUCGUGCGGGCUGCCCGUGCCGGAUCCCUGCAUCUCAUUCUGGCAGCAGACAACGCGGUCUUUUCCGUAUCUACAUGCCAAUCGAGAUGCCGCAGCACCAUCCGGGGAAGACGGCAGCAUCAAAUAUGCCAUCAUCGGAUCUGGGAUAUCGGGUGCCCUGACUGCUUUUAAGCUACUUGAGGGUGGAGUUGCGCAGCGAGAAGUCGUGAUCCUGGAGGCCCGAGAAGCCGCCAGCGGUGCGAGUUCACGGAAUGCAGGCCAUGUCAGACCUGAUGCUUUCCGCGGUUUCGCACCUUACGCCCGGCUCCACGGCCCCGAACAGGCUCUCAAGAUCCUGGACAACGAGAGCGCCGUCUUCAAGGCAGUCGAUGCGUUCGUCAAGCAGCACAGCGUGCCUUGCGACUUUAACCCGACCACCACGUUCGAUGUGUGUCUCACGCAGGAAUUCGCCGACUUUCUCGCUCAGAGCUUCGCCGAGUACCGGGACGCCGGCGGCGACAUCUCAGGCAUCAAGUUCUACUCGGCCGAGGAAGCACCGCAGAGGACGGGCGUGAAGAAGGCCCUGGCUGCGUACGAGUGGGAGGCCGGCUCGAGUCACCCGGCCAAGCUGGCUCAGUGGCUGCUGAGGAGCUGCGUGGAAAGGGGCGUGCAACUUUUCACGCAUUGCCCCGUGACGAGCAUCGCUGAGGUCUCCACGGAGGGUGCUCCGCGCAGGUGGCAGCUUACGACGCCUCGAGGCACGCUGAAAACAGACACCGUAAUCCAUUGCACGAACGCGCAUGUAUCCCACCUUCUGCCGCAGCUAUCCCCAUAUACAACGCCGAACAGAGCACAGGCUCAUGCCCUCGUGCCUCCGGCUGCUUUAUGCGGCGACAAGACGCUGCAAUCGACCAUGUCGCUGCGUCACGGGCUCAAACAUUUCUACAGCGUCGCUCAGAGACCAGCAGAUGGCAUCAUAAUCCUUGGUAGCUCGCGGGCGAAUCCCAAUCUGAGCAGAGAGACCAUGGAAGGGCUCGUCAGCGCGGAUGAUUCGAAGGGGUUUGAUUCUGAAAUCUUGGCUGAUGCCGUGUCUGAGUUUUGGGAUACGAUGCUUGAUGAUGAAGUCGAGGCACACCACGGUAUCAACGGAGGUGAGAAGCAGGUGAACGGCACUGACUCUACCAAGGGGCCCGAGGAUCAUGUGAACGGCGAUCUGGGGAGUGUACGGAAGGCAAAAAACAGGCCGUCCUUUCGACAUGGCGAGGGUCUCCUGCACGCAUGGACUGGCAUCAUCGGGCUGACCUCUGACUCGUGCCCCUAUAUUGGCCGAGUGCCUGGAUCAGAAGACCAAUGGGUUUGUGCCGGCUUCAACGGACACGGCAUGGCCCGGAUAUUCACAUGCGCACCCGGGCUGGUGAAGCUGAUUCAGGGCGGGAAAUGGAGCGACACUGGAUUGCCCGAAUGCUUCGAGUUGACGGACGAGAGGUUGGACAAGCUGAAGAUGAAUGCUGGUAAGGGUAGUGUUUGGUAG